CCGUAGAGAAGCAGUGACGUCGGGGUGGUGAUGAGAGCAGGAUAAUCUCCUCGGAGCUCUGAGCAGAUCCUCGCAUCCCUAUAGUGCUCUUCAUCCUUCACUUCUUCCUCAUCCACAAAAUGGCAGCGCAGAAAAUCAACGAGGCACACGAACACAUCGCCAAAGCGGAGAAAUGCUUAAAGACCAGCAUGACCAAGUGGAAGCCGGACUACGAUGGAGCUGCGUCUGAGAUGGCCAAAGCUGCUGUGGCUUUUAAAAACGCGAAGCAGUUCGAUCAAGCAAAGGAGGCGUACCUGAAGGAGGCAGAGUACCAUACAGAAAACAAAACAUUGUUCCAUGCUGCCAAGGCAAUUGAGCAAGCAGGUAUGAUGCUGAAGGAUAUGAAGCGACUCCCGGAGGCUGUUGAACUGAUUGAGAAAGCCAGCGUGAUGUAUGUGGAGAACGGAACCUCGGGAACCGCAGGCAUAGCUUUGGACAGAGCCGGCAAACUUAUCGAACCUGUAGAUCUGGAGAAAGCAGUGGACUUGUAUAAGAAAGCUGCAUCUGUUUUUGAGAAUGAGGACCGGCUCAGACAGGCUGCAGAGCUGCUGGGAAAAGCGUCCAGACUUCUGGUGCGACUGCGCAGGCUGGACGAGGCAGCUGUCUCUCUGCAGAAAGAGAAAAACAUGUACAAAGAGAUUGAGAAUUAUCCCACUUGCUUCAAGAAAACCAUAGCACAAGUGCUGGUCCAUCUCCAUCGUGGUGACUUCGUAGCAGCGGAUAAAUGUGUGAAAGAGAGUUACAGUCUUCCUGGGUUCAGCGGCAGUGAGGACAGUGUUGCAAUGGAGACGUUACUGGCGGGUUACGACGAGCAGGAUGAGGAUCAGGUUUUCCGUGUCUGCAACUCACCUCUUCUCAAGUACAUGGACAACGACUAUGCAAAGCUGGCCAUCUCUCUAAAAGUUCCUGGAGGAGGAGGAGGGAAGAAGAAGAAAUCUCCCAGUGCUCCACAGGGGGGUGCUACAGGAGCACCGGCCCCAGAGGACGAGGACGAGUAUGAAGGAGGACUGUGUUAGGUGUAUCUAGGAAAUGUCAGCAUUUGUGCACAACAGAUAGAUAGAAAAAGAGCAAGACAGAGCAAAGUUCUAAUAUUCCCGAGAAAGGGAUGGAGAAUGAGUACGAGACUAACACAAAACAUAUAGGUGUAUAAAUACUUUGUGACCGAGUGGAUGCUCUCCAAACCCUGAUGUUUUCUGUGCAGCCUCUCUCGACUCUUGAAGCUCACUGUAAUGUGAAAGAGUACUUCUGCAUCGUUCACCCAAUCUCUGCACCUGUAACGUAUGUAAAAUGACCACUUUCCCUGUACUGAGGAAAAUCCUGUUUAAUCGAAAUUCACUUAAAAUGUUAGCGUGAUGUUUUUCAGUCUAAUGUUUGCCAGGUCAGUUGUUUCAGGUGUGUAUUUCAAACCUCAUCUUCACAGAGCUGGGCAAAAAUAAAACGGCGCUCCUAGACGUAUAAGCACAGAAAGGCUGUAUUUACGGCAUUAUAGAUACCACAAAACUGUUGAGAAAGCACACGUAAGCAAAAUAACUUUUAUCUGUAUUUUACAUUUUUUAAAAUGACUUAAGAAUAGCUUUGCUGUUUACAGACUUUCUUUUAUUUCUUCGGGUUUUAUUUUUAAGGUUUAAAAGGUGCUGUUUAUGAUUUUUGGCUAUAGUAUAUAGUGUGAGGUUUCAGUAAAUAGGUUUUCUAGGACAGGGAAAAGGACAAAAAAAAAAUACUUUAAAUAAAUAAUAGAUAAAUAAAUAAAUAUGAAUAUAACCUAAAAGCUAUUUUUGUUUUGUUAAAUAUUAAUUACCAACAAUUCUUUUAUCACAUGUUACAUUCACUGUGUUAAAACCAAGGUGUCGUCUUGUGUAUACAGCAUUUAUGGACCCAGUUUGUUAAAGUGUGAGUAUCACAUUGUCGAUGUGGUUUAUGCAAUCAUACGUAAAAUGACGUGGUGUACAGUACCGUACUCGUUGUGUUCUUGAACUUGUCUCUUAGUGAUAUUUGUCCGGAGUCUCCACUAUCCCUUUAAUGUAUAGCUAUAAGAAGAAAAAAAAAAUACAGCGCACAAAUGUGUAAUAUAUAAGAAAGCAAUGGAUAUUUUAAACAUUUCUCUUCAGCUCUUAAUCAGAAACAAAUGGCCAGUUAAAUUUUAGUUCUGGUGGGAAUUCAGAGUAGUGUUUGUUUUUGCUUAUCUACAGCCAAAAUGGUUCCUAUCUAAUGAACACAAAAUGAAAUAACAAUUGUAAAGUACUACAAUUAUUUAUUUAUUUAUUUAUUUUUUACCUCUCGUGUCUGUACUGCAUUAAGAAGUUUAUUCAGAUUAAUUGAGAUGAUGUCUGGCUCACCUAAAAGAAAUGAUUCAAGAAAUGAA